GGGAGCGCCGGGCCGUGCCGGGCACACACUGCUCCCUCCCGCCGCUCCGCCCGCACUCCUUCGCUCUCGCUCUCUGUUUCCUGGGACAGCGCCCGAAACUUGGUGGCGGCCGCGGCUCCCGACGGCUCCCCGGACGCGGUUGUGCAUCAUCCUGAGCAAUGGCCCCCUUUUUACGGAUAUCAUUCAACUCGUUUGAGCUGGGACCUGUGCAGAAUCAAGGGGAACAGCUACAGCCUUUCUGUGCUAUCAAGAUGAAGGAAGCUCUGACUACAGAGAGAGGAAAAACUCUGGUUCAGAAGAAACCCACCAUGUAUCCUGAAUGGAAAUCGACUUUUGAUGCCCACAUUUACGAGGGCAGGGUGAUCCAGAUUGUGCUGAUGAAAGCAGCAGAGGAGCCUCUAUCUGAAGUGACUGUAGGUGUGUCAGUGCUGGCAGAACGGUGCAAGAAAGGCAAUGGCAAAGCAGAGUUCUGGCUUGACCUUCAGCCUCAGGGGAAGGUGCUGAUGGCUGUGCAGUAUUUUUUGGAAGAUUCAGACUGCAGGCAGUCGAUGAAGGAGGAGGACGGGACAGUAACUAUCAACAGGAGAGGAGCUAUCAAGCAAGCCAAAAUCCACUACAUCAAAAAUCAUGAAUUUAUCGCCACCUUCUUUGGACAACCUACAUUUUGCUCUGUCUGCAGAGACUUUGUAUGGGGACUCAACAAGCAGGGAUACAAAUGUAGACAAUGCAAUGCUGCUAUUCAUAAGAAAUGCAUUGAUAAAAUCAUUGGGAGGUGUACUGGUACUGCAGCCAACAGCAGGGACACAAUGUUCCAGAAGGAGCGGUUCAACAUCGACAUGCCCCACCGCUUCCGAGUCUACAACUACAUGAGCCCCACCUUCUGUGACCACUGUGGCAGCCUGCUCUGGGGGCUGGUCAAGCAAGGCCUCAAGUGUGAAGAAUGUGGGAUGAAUGUGCAUCAUAAAUGCCAGAAGAAGGUGGCAAACUUAUGUGGAAUAAACCAGAAGUUGCUAGCUGAAGCUUUAAAUCAAGUUAGCCAGAAAUCUACACGAAGGUCUGAUUCUGGAUCUGUAGAAAGUGUUGGUAUUUAUCAAGAUUUUGAUAAGAAACAUAAAGCUCCUGGAGGAGACACAACAGCAGAUAACAGUGAGUACGAUAAGCUCUGGGAGGUGAACACGACCAAGCCGGUGCCCAGAGCUGCAAGGAGAAAAUUCAACAUAGACAGCUUUGUCUUCCACAAAGUGCUGGGGAAAGGAAGCUUUGGAAAGGUUCUGCUUGCUGAGCUGAAAGGGAAGAAUGAAUUCUUUGCUAUCAAAGCUCUGAAAAAGGACGUGGUGCUAAUUGAUGAUGAUGUGGAAUGUACCAUGGUGGAAAAGAGGGUCCUCGCUCUUGCCUGGGAAAAUCCAUUUCUCACACAUCUUUACUGCACAUUCCAGACAAAGGACCAUUUGUUCUUCAUUAUGGAGUUCCUGAAUGGGGGAGACCUGAUGUUCCACAUCCAGGACAAGGGGCGCUUCGACCUCUACAGAGCCACGUUUUACGGAGCUGAAAUUGUAUGUGGGCUCCAGUUCCUUCACAGCAAAGGCAUUAUUUAUAGAGACCUAAAACUGGACAAUGUGAUGCUCGAUAAAGAAGGCCACAUCAAGAUAGCUGACUUUGGAAUGUGCAAAGAAAACGUUGGUGGUGACAACAAGGCGAGCACUUUCUGCGGGACCCCCGACUACAUCGCCCCCGAGAUCCUGCAGGGGCUGCGGUACACCUUCUCCGUGGACUGGUGGUCCUUUGGGGUGCUGCUCUAUGAGAUGCUGAUUGGGCAGUCCCCCUUCCACGGGGAUGAUGAAGAUGAGCUGUUCGAGUCCAUCCGAGUGGACACCCCUCACUACCCUCGCUGGAUUACCAAGGAAUCAAAGGAUAUUUUAGAAAAGCUCUUUGAAAGGGAUCCAGCAAAGCGGCUUGGGGUCACUGGGAAUAUCAGAGAGCAUCCUUUCUUCAAAACAAUCAACUGGACAGUGCUAGAGAAGAGGGAGGCAGAGCCUCCCUUCAAGCCAAAAGUGAAAUCAGCAAGUGACUACAACAACUUUGACAGAGAAUUUCUGAGUGAGAAGCCGAAAUUGUCUUACAGCGACAAAAACUUGAUUGAGUCCAUGGAUCAGUCUGCAUUUGCUGGAUUUUCUUUUAUUAACCCGAAAUUUGAACAGAUCUUGAACAAGUAAGUCUCUGAGCAGCUGGACUUGAAAGCAGAGUUCCACAUUACAAACCCAGACUCCCAAGUGUUAAAUGCAUUCCAACAACAUCGAUACUUCAGAAUAAUACAUGGUAGUGUGAUCAAUUAUGUUCAACUCCUGAUUUAUUGGCAAUGUUUUUAUGCAUGGUUGGGUCUAAGGCAUGUGAAUCAUGUGCAUUAUUUUCUCUGUUUGGGAAAAUGUAAAUUCUGUUUGGUACUUGAAUGUAAUUAUGUUUUAUAUAUAUAUGUGUGUGCUGUAUAUUUUGCUUGAGAGAAGACAUUGGGGAACAGAAGAUGUCUUAUUUUAAAAAGUGUUUGAGCCCUUGGUUCUUUUAUUUGUCUUCAAUUAAAAGAAAGUUUAAUGUAAAUGUCA